AUGUAUGUAACUCAAUGGCCGCAGCACACAGGGCCGCAGUACACAGGGCCGCAGUACACAGGGCCGCAGCACACAGGGCCGCAGCACACAGGGCCGCAGCACACAGGGCCGCAGUACACUGGGUCACAGUACACAGGGCCGCAGCACACAGGGCCGCAGCACACAGGGCCGCAGCACACAGGGCCGCAGCACACAGGGCCGCAGCACACAGGGCCGCAGCACACAGGGCCGCAGCAGACAGGGCCGCAGCAGACUGGGUCACAAUACACAGGGCCGCAUUACACAGGGCCGCAGUACCGCACAGGGCCGCAGUACACAGGGCCGCAGCACACAGGGCCGCAGCACACAGGGCCGCAGUACACAGGGCCGCAGUACACAGGGCCGCAGCACACAGGGCCGCAGCACACAGGGCCGCAGUACACAGGGCCGCAGUACACAGGGCCGCAGCACACAGGGCCGCAGCACACAGGGCCGCAGUACACAGGGCCGCAGUACACAGGGCCGCAGCACACAGGGCCGCAGUACACAGGGCCGCAGCACACAGGGCCGCAGCACACAGGGCCGCAGCACACAGGGCCGCAGCACACAGGGCCGCAGUACACAGGGCCGCAGUACACAGGGCCGCAGUACACAGGGCCGCAGCACACAGGGCCGCAGCACACAGGGCCGCAGUACACAGGGCCGCAGCACACAGGGCCGCAGUACACAGGGCCGCAGUACACAGGGCCGCAGUACACAGGGCCGCAGCACACAGGGCCGCAGCACACAGGGCCGCAGCACACAGGGCCGCAGCACACAGGGCCGCAGUACACUGGGUCACAGUACACAGGGCCGCAGCACACAGGGCCGCAGUACACUGGGUCACAAUACACAGGGCCGCAGCACACAGGGCCGCAGCACACAGGGCCGCAGCACACAGGGCCGCAGCACACAGGGCCGCAGCACACAGGGCCGCAGCACACUGGGUCACAAUACACAGGGCCGCAGCACACAGAGCCGCAGCACACAGGGCCGCAGUACACAGGGCCGCAGCACACAGGGCCGCAGCACACAGGGCCGCAGCACACAGGGCCGCAGCACACAGGGCCGCAGCACACAGGGCCGCAGUACACAGGGCCGCAGCACACAGGGCCGCAGUACACUGGGUCACAGUACACAGGGCCGCAGCACACAGGGCCACAGUACACAGGGCCGCAGUACACUGGGUCACAGUACACAGGGCCGCAGUACACAGGGCCGCAGUACACUGGGUCACAAUACACAGGGCCGCAGUACACAGGGCCGCAGUACACAGGGCCGCAGUACACAGGGCCGCAGUACACAGGGCCGCAGCACACUGGGUCACAGUACACAGGGCCGCAGUACACAGGGCCGCAGUACACUGGGUCACAAUACACAGAGCCGCAGUACACUGGGUCACAAUACACAGGGCCGCAGUACACGGGGUCACAGUACACUUGGUCACAGUACACUGGGUCACAGUACACAGGGCCGCAGUACACAGGACCGCAGUACACAGGGCCGCAGUACACUGGGUCACAAUACACAGGGCCGCAGUACACAGGGCCGCAGUACACUGGGUCACAGUACACUGGGUCACAGUACACAGGGCCGCAGUACACUGGGUCACAGUACACUGGGUCACAAUACACAGGGCCGCAGUACACUGGGUCACAAUACACAGGGCCGCAGUACACAGGGCCGCAGCACACUGGGUCACAAUACACAGGGCCGCAGUACACAGGGCCGCAGUACACUGGGUCACAAUACACAGGGCCGCAGUACACAGGGCCGCAGUACACUGGGUCACAGUACACAGGGCCGCAGUACACAGGGCCGCAGUACACUGGGUCACAAUACACAGGGCCGCAGUACACUGGGUCACAAUACACAGGGCCGCAGUACACUGGGUCACAAUACACAGGGCCGCAGUACACUGGGUCACAAUACACAGGGCCGCAGUACACAGGGCCGCAGUACACAGGGCCGCAGUACACAGGGCCGCAGUACACUGGGUCACAGUACACAGGGCCGCAGUACACUGGGUCACAAUACACAGGGCCGCAGUACACUGGGUCACAGUACACAGGGCCGCAGUACACUGGGUCACAAUACACAGGGCCGCAGUACACUGGGUCACAAUACACAGGGCCGCAGUACACUGGGUCACAGUACACUGGGUCACAAUACACAGGGCCGCAGUACACAGGGCCGCAGUACACUGGGUCACAGUACACUGGGUCACAGUACACUGGGUCACAGUACACUGGGUCACAAUACACAGGGCCGCAGUACACGGGGCCGCAGUACACUGGGUCACAAUACACAGGGCCGCAGUACACUGGGUCACAGUACACUGGGUCACAAUACACAGGGCCGCAGUACACUGGGUCACAAUACACAGGGCCGCAGUACACAGGGCCGCAGUACACAGAGCCGCAGUACACGGGGCCGCAGCACACUGGGUCACAGUACACAGGGCCGCAGUACACAGGGCCGCAGUACACAGGGCCGCAGUACACAGGGCCGCAGUACACUGGGUCACAGUACACUGGGUCACAGUACACUUGGUCACAAUACACUGGGUCACAGUACACAGGGUCACAGCACACAGGGCCGCAGUACACUGGGCCACAGUACACUGGGUCACAGUACACUGGGCUACAGCACGCAGGGUCGCAGCACACUAGGUCACAACACACAGGGCCACAGCACACUAGGUCACAGCACGCAGGGUCACAGUACACUGGGUCACAGCACGCAGGGCCACAGCACUCAGGGCCGUAG